CAUCAUGAUAAAGAAGAUGACUUGCUCUCUUUCUUCAUUCUUUGCUGGUGGAAAGUAUCUUUCAUUUGAUUGAAUCAAGAAUUAUAGUACUUUAGCAGAUGAUAUUUAUGGUGGGGAAGGAAGCAAAUUCUAUUCUUUACUAUUACUUGUCGCACUCUAUUACUUGUAUAACAAUUUCUUUUCUUUCUUUUUCUUUUUUUUUUUUAUUUCAAUGCUUGUCUUUCUCUGGUGGAUAUUCCUUGAAAGCAUGAACAAAAGAAACGCUACAUUGGCAACCAUGUCCGGAAUCUCAAGGUUUUGAAACAAAAAUGCAAGAGCAAUAAUAAGUUAAUAACCUCGUAUCAUCCCACUUAAGCAAGAAUCAAUUCUUAACCCUUUCAUAUGAUCCAAAGGCGAAAAAAGAACAUGUUCAUGAAAAAUUAAAACAAACCCCAGAAAAAUAUACUAGAUAAAACAAAAAGAUAUUUUAUAUAAGGAGUCCAUAAUGUCAUCAAGGUAAUAACAGGUCCACGAUAUUGUUAUUUGUUGGGCUUUUAGAACUGUCUCUCUCUCUCUCUCAUUGAAAUUCAGGGCCGGCCGGUGGUGUUCUCCCUCUUGUCUUACAGAUAUUAAACAGGAAAGGUGGCUAAAAUGGUUACAUUUUCUGUCUUUUAACGGUUUUUUUUUUUGUUUGGUUCCUUUUAGUUUUGCUUUGGAUCUAUUGCCUCUCUCUCUCUGCAAAAGGGUAUCUUUCCUUUCUGUACACUUUUUACUUAAGUUUUGAGGUUACAUGAUUGCAUCUGAUAUCUAUCAUGUUUGCAUCAUUGUAUGCAUUAUAAGCUUAUGGUUUCUUUCAUUUUCUUUGUCAAUCUCGUUUAACGAACUCACAAGAUGUCAUCUUUGGGAAUGAAGCAUUUCCUUAUUGGUGUAGCUACAAAGCGUUAAAUCUUUACAAAAAAGAUCCAAAAUGGAUAAUUGUUGUGAUUUUAUAAAAUUGCUUGGACCUGAUAUGUCUAUGAAGAUUCUACUGCAUCUGGAUAACCCUGCUGAUCUCAUCAGAGUUUGCUUGGUUUCCAGUUCUUGGCGCCAAUUUGUGAUUUCUAACGGUCUUUGUAAGCAGCUUUGCUUGAAAUUGUUGCCUGAAAUUUCUAGUGUUACUCACACCAUUGAAGUGAACAACUUGAUAGAUCCUGUAAAACUUAGACAGCAUGAUCACUUAGAGUUGGAAUGCCUUAGAAGGAAUCAUAGAGUCUAUGCCUUUUUAGCUCGAGGCCUCAACCCUUUGACAAGAAAAGAUUGCAUAUCAGAGGCCAUUAGUGCAUCCAGCACAGAUAAUUACCCUGAAGAAAGCAUCCAUAACACUUUGGAGCCACUGGAUAGAAUAGAACAUAUAGCAUCAUAUUGGUCAAGCGAAGGCCAAAGUGAUCCUGCUAUCCCUGAGACUUUAAUUUAUAAGUUGGUGGCCAAGGUGUGUCUUGUUACAGAAUUCCAUGUUCAGCCAUUCCAAGCUUAUUUUCAGUAUGGUUUCCCUAUAUAUUCAUCAAAGGCAGUUAGAUUUAGACUGGGUCAUCCAAGGUUACCUGAGGCGAGUGACACUAAAGAUGGCUCAAUGCCUAGUCACAGAUUGGCAGAUGACAAGUUUAUAUGGACAUAUAUUUCACCAGAAUUUCCAAUGGCUCAGGAAAAUUGCUUGCAAAAAUUCAAGCUACCAGAGAAUGUUCUAUGCAUUGGAGGAUUCUUGCAAGUUGAGUUGCUGGGUAGAGUUCAGAAACAAGAAAUGGAUGGUUUAUAUUAUAUAUGUAUCUCCCAUGUUCAAGUUGUUGGGCGGCCAUUUUUACCAAGAUUUGAUAUAGACAUACUUGAUGCCACAGGGAGGUGUGCUUUGAAGUACUUGCCUGAAACAGAAAAUUGUAUGCUAUCCUCAGGGUCACCUAAUUGGGAGAAUGCAGCAUCUUCUCGUUUUCGUACACUAACUGCAAGAUUAAUACAGAGAGGCACAAGAGGUUGGGAACAAAUGAUAUUGAAUACACUACUUGGGACUGUGGCAGCUGGUGCUAAUGAAACAGAUGACGAGCGCCCUACUUGACCCUGAAAAUUGUUCAUGUCAGUUACAUUUUCCUCUUUUGCUAGCAUUCUGCAUUAAUCCAGGUGCAGCUGAAUGGUUCUGGACUUCUGUUGAUCUGACGUCGGAUUGGAUUUUAUAUCUGUGCAAAUAACAAAAUAGUGACACCAGAAACUGACUGGAAAUUUGCAUCAAAGUUAUAACACUAGCAAUGUUUGAUAUGGUGGGUUUAUGGAGUCGAUAUCCAGUUCCAUUUGUCUCA